CUCGCUUCACGACCGUGAGAGACAGCGACAUCAUCCAACACCACCCACUCCGCUCCCAUACCACGACAACAUGGCGUCGCGCUUGGCUAAGGGCGCUCUGGGCGCCAUUCGAGCCCGUCCCACCCUCCCUGUCCGCACCGCAUUCCCGGCCGUCACCACCACCUUUUCGACGUCGUCCGCGCGCUUCGAGGCUGCUCCCCCGGCCAAAGACCCAAAGAGCACCGCGAGCGCUAUUGUCGAUUCUCUCCCGGGCAACAGCCUUGCCUCAAAGACUGCCAUUCUCUCUGCCGGAGCUGCGCUCUCGGUGGCUGCCAUUAGCAAUGAGCUCUACGUCGUGAACGAGGAGUCCAUUGUCGCGCUUUCUCUGCUCACGAUCUACUGGGCUGUGUACACAUACGCUGGCCCUAUGUAUGGCGAAUGGGCACAAGGACAGCAUGAUAAGAUCAAGGGCAUCUUGAACGCUGCUCGUGCUGACCACACGAAUGCUGUGAAAGCACGCAUCAGCAACGUGCAGGAUCUUAGCAGUGUUAUUGAGGUCACCAAGGACCUCUUCGCUGUUUCCAAGGAAACUGCCCAGCUGGAAGCUCAGGCCUACGAGCUCGAGCAGAAGACUGCUCUCGCAGCGGAGGCAAAGACCGUUCUUGACUCUUGGGUCCGCUACGAAGGCCAAGUUAAGGCCAGACAGCAGAAGGAAUUGGCAGACUCUGUUAUUGCCAAGAUUGAGAAGUCGCUCUCGGACCCAAAGGUGCUCGACCAAAUUCUGAAGCAGAGUGUGGCCGAUGUUGAGCGUAUCCUCUCGCAGAAGCAAUAGAUGUCAGCAAUGACAGAGCAGUUGCGCCCAGUCCAGCGUGCAAGUCCGAAUGGGCUUCCUAAUGCACGGACAUGUAAAUAUCUAGAUGCGAAAUGCAGAUGUUCCCUUUGUUGCAUUGAGACUUCUACAGCUUGCACCCAGACGUCUGGAUAUCAGUCCAGAGACUAGCAUGACUGGAAGAGUGAAUACCGCGGGCGCAGUGUUAGAUGGCUGGCAAAUGUGACCACUAGAUCCUUGACAUUCGCGAGUGUUACAUGCGUGACAACAUUCGUCAGGACCUGCCAAGAAAAAUCAACCGCCGCUUAUCUUGCCCGACGCUAGCGAUGACCUAUAUCUAUCAUGAAAUUUGUAGCACGACUUAUUCACUUGCUCAAGAUAUCAAGCUGAAAACUUCCCAAGC